UCCAGCCGCGUUUAAUCGACUGUUCUCCUAAUUUGGGAAGUGUCGCGUGCGCUCCGCGUGCGCCUGCGCGGAGCGGAGGGACAGGGCGUGUUCCGAGUACCGGACGGGUUUGGCAUCCGCGAGCGCCCCGCUGCCCGCCGCGCGUCCGCCGGAUCCCCGGCUGCCCUGCUGGAACAUGUCCAAGUCUCUGAAGAAGUUGGUGGAGGAGAGCCGGGAGAAGAGCCAGCCGGAAGUGGACAUGAGUGACCGGGGCAUUUCCAGCAUGUUGGACGUCAGCGGCCUGUUCUCCCUAGCCCAUAUUACACAGCUGGUCCUCAGCCACAACAAGCUAACAACUGUGCCACCAAACGUAGCAGAGCUGAAGAACUUGGAAGUGCUUAACCUUUUUAAUAACCAGAUUGAAGAGUUGCCCACACAGAUCAGCAGCCUUCAGAAACUCAAGCACCUGAACCUUGGCAUGAACAGGCUAAACACUCUGCCUCGAGGGUUUGGCUCACUCCCAGCUCUCGAAGUCCUGGACUUGACUUACAACAACUUGAAUGAAAAUUCUCUUCCUGGAAAUUUCUUUUACCUUACCACCCUGCGUGCACUCUAUCUAAGUGACAACGAUUUUGAAAUCCUGCCGCCAGAUAUUGGGAAGCUCACAAAGUUGCAGAUACUCAGCCUUAGGGAUAACGACCUGAUCUCACUGCCCAAGGAAAUUGGGGAGCUGACCCAGCUCAAGGAACUCCACAUUCAGGGAAACCGCCUGACCGUUCUGCCCCCAGAACUAGGAAACUUGGAUUUAACUGGUCAGAAGCAAGUAUUCAAAGCAGAGAAUAACCCCUGGGUUACCCCUAUAGCUGACCAGUUCCAGCUUGGCGUGUCCCACGUUUUUGAAUAUAUCCGUUCUGAGACAUACAAAUACCUCUACGGCAGACACAUGCAGGCAAACCCAGAACCCCCAAAGAAGAAUAAUGACAAAUCGAAAAAGAUCAGCCGGAAACCUCUCGCAGCCAAAAACAAAUGAGGGCGUGCGGGGCUUCUGGACUUCUGGACUCUUCCUGACUCACUCCCCUGACCUCUCUUGCUCUUUCUCACAAAUAAAUACAAUGCUCUUGUGUGGCUUUUUAAAAAACAUUUCUCUUCACUCCCUCUGUCUAGUUCUUACCGCUUUACCUUUUAAGUUCUUUUGGUAGGUGGUAGAUUUUUAUACGGUGUUGAAACCAUUUCCAUUUGUUUCCUUGAAAUCGCCAAGGGCAGAAAACAGAGCUCUAAUUCAACUGCAAAUUCCAUAGUAGGCAUGGGUUUCAGUUCCCUGAAUAGACAUCACAAGGCUGCUUAUUAUCCAAAGAAUAAUUAAAAUCAUGUAACCACUUAAAUGUCACAGUUAACACUUUUCAUUCUUUCUGUUUAUUCACACAACUCAUUAUUUUGCCUUAUUAAAAGUCUUCCUUCGCUACCGAGCUGUUAUGUUCACUUAGCUUACAAAUGAUUUUAAUGAAAUCUUGAAUUUGUAUCACAUGAUGCUUUUUGAUGAGAAUAAAGCAUAGUCAGAUUUUAGGGUGUACACAUUUUUGUUUACUGCCCCCCCCCAAAAAAAAGAAUUACCUUCUCCAGUUUUACUGGUUGCAGGUGAUAAAUUCAAACUUUCCAUGAAACAAAUUCAAAAUUACAGUUAGUUUCUUCUCACAUCAAUUUGUCAGGGGUUUUAUUUUAUUUUUUUUUCUUUCUUUGAAGACUUUCUAAAAUUAGGAAGCUGCAGAAAAACAAAUCUCUAGGAGAUUCUGCCAAAGGAUUUUGGAAAGCAGCAUUCCUUCGUUGAAGAAGUAGCGACUUCUGCCAGUGGCUGGUAGACAAGAGCUAUGAAACGGAGGGAGGAAAAACCCAAGUAUGUUUUUGUCACUGCAGAAAAUCUGCUCCUACUAAAGCGUUCUUCUGAGAGACUUUGCUGCCAAAGAAGUUGUAUCAGUGUGCAUGGUCUACACCACGCCCUGUGUGGAAACUGCCUUGGCAGAGUCAUUAAACACCCAAUUACUUCACAUCUGUGACAGGCAGCUCGCUUUCUUAUGGACAGUAGCAUUGUGCUAAGAGGGCUACGAAUGCCUCCCUGCCUCCCAACAACAGGUGUGCAGAGAGGAGGUGUAGCCCACAUGGACUGCCUGCCUGACUGGACUUGCCUUGCUCUCCUAGGGUGUCUUUCGGUUUCUCACAAAGGUUCCCAGCACCAAGACCACUGGGACCCUGAAAAUCCAGAAUCAAAACAAAACAUCCUCAAUUCUUUAGCAUGUGGACUUUCCAUUUCAAAGACCUUUGGAUUUCUGUUUGCUGCCUCUGGAUAACUUCUGUCAGUUACCAAGAAUUAGCUUUGGGAAGAGAAAUCCUCAGGUGCCCUCAUCUGUGAGGGUAGAGUUGAUACAAUUUCCAGAGAUGGAAUACUGUAUUUGCCCCUACCUAAAUUUUUAAAAUUCAUCUAAGAGCUUAUGGGAUUGCAGGAGGAACAACAAGGGCUCCACUGUGGUUGAUUGGAAAGGUUUAACUGCAGUUAGCAGUAAAGCACUACUAAAAUCAACAGUAUUACAGGCUUAUUGAAUAAAUUUUUUCUGCAGCAUUCCAGGUAGAAAUACGAGCAAUACCUAUAAACUCACAAGGAAGAGAUAUGGCAAGAAACAGAAAAAAAAGGGGAGGGGCAAAUGCUCACUGCUAAUAAAAAAAUACAAAUCACUGUGAGUGUGAGCAGUGUAGCACUGAGAAAUGUGCAGAUAUUUCUUAGGGCAGUAUUAGGUGUUAGAGGAGUAAUGUGAGAUAAACAUUCUUGAACACAGCUAUGGGGAAUAUAAAUUUCUCCUACAAGGUGGUAGCAGUUUGACAACAUGAAACCAAACCUUAAAAUUGUGUACUUGGAUCCAGAAUUUUCAUUCGUAAGACGUUAUCCUAGCGCCCAAAGCACUGUGUGAGAAUUGUCUUUAUAACAUUAGGUACACAGUGAGCAUGUGGGGAAAAGCUAGAGGCCCACCAGGGAAGAGUGGUCCAAUGAACUGGCUCAUCCAUGCAAUGGACUGUCAGGAGGACGUUGAGAAUUGUUGAACAAUCUAAGGGAAAAGGGAAAUAAUUGUAUCAUCUGGUUAAGUAGAAAAAAAAGAUUUUAAAAACUACGUCACAAUGGCCCAGUUGUGUAAAGGGAUCGUGGGUAAAAUAUGUAAACAUAAAAAUAUUAAAUGGAAAUGAAACCAUUUUAAGGCUGAUAAAUUAUCUCUGGAUGGUAAACUAAGUUUUUUAAUUGUCUUUUUAUAUACAGUGCUUUAAAUUCUCUGUAAUGAGCAUGUACACUUUUGUAAUCAGAAACAUUAAACACUUUUUUUCAAAAUGAA